UGCUGUGUUUUCAGUUUUUAAGAUCACUUUGUGCCGUACGGUUCAGCCUUUUGAGAGCGCACACUGAGCGUGUGUGUGCGUGAGAGAGAGAGUUAGUAUAGGAAGGUAGCAGACGAUAAUUAUUUUGUGUACUUAAUGCAUAAAUAAAAAACAAUCCGAGAUAUAUUAAAUAAAGCUGUGCCAACUGACUCAACUCUUGCCAAAAAAAACACCAAUUUUCAAUUCCGUCUUCGCAUAUCAAUGUCAAGUGCCGUCCGCUCCACCGAAUCCGGGGUCACAAGUGCUCAAGCGGCUGAUUAACGUUCAAUAGAAGCGAGCGCAAAAAUAAAAACAAAAACAAAAAUACAAUAAGAAAUAACAAAACCAAAAAAACAAAUAAAGACUAAAAAAGGUGGAACGGCGCGAAACACGUUUCGUGUUUGUGUUUUCCUAGCUGAAAAAUAAAAACAACAAAUUACUGAAAUUAUUGUUGUUGCAGAAAACAAAUAGUAAAUAUAAAUAAAUUAAAUUAAUUAAAUAAAUCAGCUUCUUGGCCAGAGCCCAGAGUCCAGGGCCAAAGGGAGAAAGCAAUACACGGCAGCAGCACUUGCAAAGAGCCAGCGAAAGAGUGAGGGAGACUGAGAGACAAAGCGAGACGAGUCGAGGUUAUAGUUACCAAAGCGAACCUGAUCUCAAAACUGAAGCAGCAGCGGCAAUAGCAGCCGCUCGGGAAGCGUAACGGCUUUUGCUGCUCUUACCAAAUAUGAGCAUAAGCUGUUAGCCUGGCUUUAGCUAACCACGUAAUUCAAGCAGCCGUAACUUACCAGCAACAACAACAACAACAACAACUACAACAACAACCAUUGAGAAUGGAGCGCUCGCAAAGCUGCAGUAAUUUUGAAGGCGCGCCGGAGGCUGUUGCCGUCAACAAGCCACUGACCGGCAGCAGCGACAACUUGCCGCACAGACUUGCCACCAGCAACAUGUUGCACUAUCCGCCCAGCAAACCGUUGCGCAAACGCAAACGCCUGCAACGUCAACAGUCGAUCAUCGUGGACGAUGCGGAUGACGAGCUGCUAAGCUGUGAAUGCGCCUAUGCCGCGGAUCUGGAGGAGAAUGCCGAUGUAGAUCUGGAUCUGGAUCUGGAGAUGGCGCAGCCAUUGAUCAUGCCACGCCUGACCCAGCGACACAUCUUGGCCAACAACGGACGCCAGCUGCGGCAUGAGGAGUCCUUCGACUCGAGCAGCACAGCGCCAGAGCUGAGUCCGCAGGCGGUGCGCCAGCAUCGCUUCAGCAGUUUACUGUUGCGUGACAGCUCCGUCUCGAUGCAAUCGGAUUCGAGUCGCUAUUCGAGUGUGGACAGUCUGCUCGAGUCACGCAAACCCGACCCGGAGGCCAUACUCAUUAAUCUGGGCUUUGGACCCAUCGGCACCGAGGACAUGCUCGCGCGCAUACCGAAGCGUUUCCUCAAGCCCUCCAAAGUGCCCGGCAUCGAUACGGAAGCGUUUGUCAAGCGCCUGCAGCUGGCCAGCUCGUUGGCCGACUCGAGCGCCCUGGGCUAUCGGGGCCUCACCUACAGCUCCGAUCAGCCGCCCUCGUCGAUUGUGGCCAAGAUCAUGCAGCGCUUCGAGGUCAACAAUCAGCGCAAACAGUCCAUGGGCAACAUCGAGCACACGAUACGAUGAGACAGACGCCGCUCCACACUAUCCAUAUAUAUAAUAUAUCCAAUACAUAUACAACUAUCUACAUAUAGAGAUCUGAAAUUGUGCAACCUAGGCUAAGCUAGUUGUAAGGCGGACGCAGAGCCAGAGCCAGAGCGCGGGGCUUUACCCGACAUGGGAGUUUUUCCAUUACUAUAUAUUAUAUAUAUUAUCGUUA